UUAAAUGUCACCCAAGCAACUACCUUGAUGAUUGAUCCAUUAUAUAAAAGCGUGCAAGCCCCAAUACCACCAUCAGUACAAUUCUUGGACUAUUAACAACAGAACAAGUGGAAGACGCUCAAAUAAUCAGUCAUCAUGUUCAAACUGGCUGUAUUCUCCGUUCUUGUGGCUGUAGCUAUUGCCAAGCCAAGUGUAUACUACUCUUCGCCUUUGGCAUACUCUGCUCCUGUUGUUGCAGCUCCAUCUUCGGUCAGCAGUCAUAGUAAAACUGAUUACCACAACGAAAACUCCCACAGUGUCGUUGGAGGAGGUGUUGCUGCUGUUGCUGCCGAGCCAGUUGUUGCUUCUGUUGGAGCUGUACCAGAUCCCUCGACUGAUCAACAAUACCCUAUCGAGAUCCAUUCUGCUCCUUUAGUAGUACCACCACUGUCUUCCUUUAGUAACUACAGCAGGACAGAGUCUAGUAACGAAUACUCUCAAUCAGAAAGUGUUAUUGAUCCUGCGGCACCUCUAACUAGUAGUUUAGUUUCAGAACAGCUACCAGUUGUCGAAAUCAAAAGUCCAAAUUAUGUAGCCAAUGUUCCUGAAAUUGCUGUUUCCUCAUCAUCAUCUCCUGCAUCCUUAAAUUAUUUACCUCCUGUUCCCCAGAACAUAGCGGUUCCCAACGUUUACAUAAAUAAUGAAGCAAUUGCUAACGCUGUCGAAAUAACUCCAGAAACAACUACAGAUGAGUCUGUUAUUGUCCCUUCCAGUACACCACCCUUGGCAAUUGCAGAAUUUCUUCCUUCUUUACCAGAAAGUAUAGAACAAAGUUCUGAAUCAGUUACAGUUAACGAAGUUUCAACUGAAAAUUCAGUAUUGAAAGAAACUGUUGAUAUUGUUGAACCCACUGUUACAGUAAUCGAAGAUUUAGGAAUAGAACAAAUUACUACAACUGUCAAUCCUGUCGUUAUUGAAAGUGGUUAUGGCAAAACAGCCGAAACUGCUAAUGUGACGUUUUCUGCCACCUCUUUUAAUACUCCCACCCCCUCGUUAGUGCCAGCCUAUGGCACCCAAAACGAUUUAGUUGACGUUAACAUCAAUGUUUCACAAUCACCCGUUAAUGAGGUUGUCGUCGACUCAUUUGUAUUAAAUGAACCUUUACGUCCACUGCAAAACGUUCAAAGUAAAAUCGAAGAUAUAAAUGGGGAUUCUUCUUCCUUAGCACAUACUACAAAGACAGUUGCCGCUGAUUAUAGUUUACCCCAAGAUGUUCCCUCUGGUUACGUACCCUACGAACCACAAUCUUCGAAGUUUCUUUCUGCCUCCUUGAUUGAAAACAAGAGUGAACAUUCUCAUUUCUUAGUACAAACUCCCAAGACAGUUAUCACUGAUUACAAUUUACCACAAGAUGGGCCUUCUGUUUACAUAUCUUAUAUCAGCGAUAACGAGCCACAGAAUAAUUCUUCUGUUAGCUCUUUCCCUGCCUCUUUUAUUGAUAGCUACACUGAAAUAGAAAAACAGGUAGUCCUUCCCUCUAGUGUUACUUUUGAUUUGGUAUCACGACCACAGUCCUUUAUACCUGUUGAAGCAGCUUCUGAACCAUCUAAAGUUUUAAUUUCGGCGGAAUACGUUCCCAGUUCUCCAUCAGAGGUUUCACAGUAUAUAAAUAUCAUAUCUUCUACUCCAUUACCUGACACUCAAAAUGAUAAACAUAUAAUUUCGACAAUUGACGCUGACGUAAAGAAUCUGGAGGAACGUCUCCAACAAACAUUUCCUGAUGUGGUCUCUGUUGAAGCCGACAACUCAGCAGUAAAUAUUGUCCCUCCGAGUAAAUACAUAACUUCGAAAAUUGAUACCGAUGUAAAUAAUUUAAAGGAAAGUCUGAAACAAACAUUUCCUGAUGUAGUUUCUGAUCAAGUUGACAACUCAGCAGUAAAUUUAGUUCCUUCAGUAGUGUCUACAGUUCCUUCCAUAAUAAGUUCUAGUAAAACUAAUUACGGACACGAAGUUUCUCAACAUUGGAUCGGAACUCCUGCCACACCAGUUCAGUUAGGUGAACCGAUCCUUGAUUCGUCCCUUAUACAAUCGCCUGUAUCGUUUAAAACAUUCAAUAGAAUUAACUGUACCGAUGAAACGCAUCAAUCUGUAAGUCCUCUCGUUGAAAAUGUAGAUCUUACGUUACUGUCGCAUGAUUCUGUACCAGUUUCUAUUCCCGUUUCUUCUUUAUCAAGUUACAAUAAAACAGAUUACAGUAACGAAACUUCCUUCACUUUCACUCCCCUCGGUGCCGUGGCUUCAAAUGUUGCAGAUACAUCAUUCGGUCCUGCUUCAGUUGCUUACUCUUCUCCAGUAGAAGUUGCACCUGGCUCUUCAGUAAGUAGCAGUUCUAGAACUGAUUAUCACCACGAGGCAUCCCGUACAGAUGUUGGUGCUGGUGCCGUAGCAGUUGAUCAACCAGUAGUGGCUGCUUAUAGAGCCGCACCAGUUGCAUAUUCAUCUGCGCCGGUGGCGGUUGCAGGUUCCCCUGCUGCGUCAGUAAGUAGCCAUACAAAGACUGAUUAUCACCACGAAAACUCUCAACAUGCAGUUGGGGCUGGUGCCCCUGUUGCCGCCGUGAGAGCAUCACCAGUGGUCUAUUCGGCUGCCCCAGUUGCUUACUCAGCAGCUCCAGCAGCGGUAGCAGCGUCUCCCGCUUCCUCUGUAAGUAGCCACACCAAGACUGAUUACCAUCAUGAAGAUUCUCGCCACCAACAACUCGGAUCUGGUGCUGCGGUUGCUGCCGUGCGGGCUUCACCAGUUGCUUACUCUGCACCAGCCGUAGCUUACUCUGCACCAGCUGUCACUUACUCAGCCCCAGCUGUAGCGUACUCUGCCCCAGCCGUAGCAUACUCUGCUCCAGCUGUAUCUUACUCCAGCCCCGUAGUUGUUCGUAAAGUUGCUGUGGCUGCCCCUUCAUAUCUGAAUGAAGUAUCUUACACUCCUUCCGUCUACGCCCGUCGUGUAUACUCGUCUCCGGCUGUCGCCUACGCUUCAAGCCCAUACGUAUCGUACUCGUCUCCGGUAGCAUACGCUGCAGGCCCAGCAUCUUCCUCAUCUUCCAGCAUAAGAACCGGUGGCUAUCACCAUGAAGAUCAUCAACAAAACGUUUACUAAACGUCUAUUAACAACGAAUGUGCAGAACGAUGACGAAUUGGUACACUCCUGCUAAACCGGAAGUGUAUAUCUUUUAGAAUUAGUUGCUCAUUAAAAAUAAACAUUUUUAAUGUAACUGCCACUUUAUUUGAAUUACAAAAUAUUGUUUCUUAUACAGAAAAUUAAAUGUAUCUAUAAUUUAAAAUCGUGAAAUAGACUAAUGAUUAUCUGUA